AUGGGAACUGGGAUAGAGUUGCUUGUGGCUGCCGCACUGUGCUUGGCCUGUCCGCCAUUGAAUGAUACGAUGCCCGAGGGUUUGAUACAGUUGAAUCCGGAUGGGAGUCUGGUUACAGAGAUGCCCAUAGAUCUGGAUCUAGAGGAUGCUGGAUUGGUUGAAGAGGCUCCAGUGGAAACGCUGGAAGUGCUGCGCAACAAAAAGGAGAAAUUGCGAAACAUGAAAGAGUGGAUUAAUGGCAAACAUCUGAAAAUUGCAACGCUUGAGGAUUAUCCAUUGAGUUAUACCGAAGUGCUAGAGAAUGGCACGAGGGUUGGUCGUGGAGUUUCCUUUCAGAUUAUCGAAUUUCUGCAAAAAAAGUUUAACUUCACGUUCGACGUUGUUGUGCCGCAGGAUAAUAUAAUUGGUUCCACAGCGGAUUUGGAUCGCAGUUUGAUUGAAAUGGUCAACAAUAGUGAUGUAGAUCUGGCUGCCGCCUUUAUACCAUCGUUGUCGGAGCAGCGCACAUUUGUGUUCUACUCGACAACCACAUUGGAUGAGGGAGAAUGGAUUAUGGUCAUGCAACGUCCCAGGGAAUCGGCAAGUGGUUCUGGCUUAUUGGCUCCCUUUGAUUUUCGCGUCUGGAUACUCAUCUUUGUCUCUCUGGUGGCCGUUGGACCCAUUAUCUAUUUGCUGAUCAUCAUACGCAAUCGCCUAACGGGGGAUGCAGUGCAGCAGCCGUAUUCCCUAGGACACUGUGCCUGGUUCGUUUACGGGGCCCUCAUGAAACAGGGCAGCACACUUUCCCCGAUUGCAGAUUCGACACGACUGCUAUUUGCCACCUGGUGGAUAUUCAUCACCAUUUUGACCUCGUUCUAUACGGCAAACUUGACCGCCUUUUUGACCCUCUCCAAGUUUACGCUGCCCUAUAAUACGGUUAAUGAUAUUCUCUCGAAGAACAAGCAUUUCGUAUCGUUGCGAGGAGGAGGAGUUGAGUACGCCAUACGCACGACCAACGAAUCCUUAAACAUGCUCAAUCACAUGAUCCACAACAAUUAUGCGGUCUUCACGGAUGCCUCUAACGAUUCCUAUAAUCUGCAGAACUACGUAGAGCGCAAUGGUUAUGUUUUUGUACGGGAUCGUCCAGCGAUCAAUAUAAUGCUCUAUAGGGACUAUUUGUACCGCAAGUCACUUAGCUUCAGCGAUGAGAAGAUUCAUUGUCCUUUUGCCAUGGCCAAGGAUCCGUUUUUAAAGAAGAAGAGAACUUUUGCAUAUCCCAUUGGUUCCAAUCUGAGUGAACUUUUCGACCCUGAACUUCUCAAUCUGGUAGAAUCUGGCAUUAUCAAGCAUUUGUCAGCCAGAAAAUUGCCAAGUGCAGAGAUUUGUCCACAGGAUCUGGGCAGUACGGAACGGCAGCUGAGGAACGGGGAUCUAAUGAUGACCUAUUACAUAAUGCUAACGGGAUUUGCAACAGCAUUGGCCGUGUUCACCACAGAGCUGUUGUUCCGCUACAUAAAUGGACGACACGAGGCCAAUCAGUGGGCACGACAUGGCAUUGGACGGACGACCAAUGGACAAAGUAUAAAGCCAUCUCGUUGGCUGCGAGGAUUGCGAGGCUUUAAUAACGGAAAUAAACAGCUGUUGGGUACUUCGACACAUGGUCAGAAUGUGACACCUCCUCCUCCAUAUCAGAGCAUCUUCAGUCAUAACGGUGGUGAGCAACGUUGGCGUCGUGCUGUCGCCGCCAAUGGACAUGGCCUAAUCCUGGGAGGGGAACAGAAUUUGCCCGGCGUGAGACGAUUGAUAAACGGACGCGAUUAUAUAGUUUUUCGAAAUUCAAAUGGACAAAGUCAACUGGUGCCUGUAAGAUCUCCUUCGGCAGCCUUGUUUCAAUAUACUUACACGGAGUAGGAUAACCAUCUUAUAUAUGUAGUAGAAAUUUUUUCACUUUUAUAACACGAACACAAAUUAAGCCACAUUUUUAUCAUAGACGUAGACAAAAGAUCUAGUGCAAGUUUAAUAGGUCCCCUAGGAGCGUAGACAUAUAUUAUAAAGAACAUGAAAUGCAAUAAUUAAUAGAGUAAUUGGUAAUAUGAUGAUUUAAAUCAGCGGUUGGGAAUCUUAAGUAUGUGCAAAUUAGCUUCGCCAUCUUUAUCGUUGAUGAGAAAUUAGCAACGCAGCUGACAAAUAAUUUGUGACACAGCAAAUGAUAUGCUUCGAGUCGAGGUGCUGAGCACAAAUAAUUUAUGACCCUGUCCGCACUAAUUACAAAAACUGCUGAUGAUGUUCUAGAGCUCAAUUUCAGAAUUUGCCAUUGGACUCCCAAAUGCUUCUGGAAAUUUCGUAAUCAAA